CUUAGUUGAAAAGUAUAUAUGGAUGUUCUUGUACUGGUAUUUGACAUUUUGGAAUUCAAUCUUUUUAAAUUUAAUUAAUUUGAUUGUUUUACUUAUUAUUGUAUGGAUCAUUUUUGAUUAUUGGGGAUUUCAAAAUCCAAAGCCUAUUGAUAAUAUCUUUAAAAUUCCAGGAUAUCCAAUAGUUGGUAAUCUAUUCCAGAUUCUAAAUAAUCCUGCUCAAACAUAUCUUAAAUGGUCCAAAGAAUACGAUGCAUCUAUAUUUCAAAUUAGGUUAGGAAUUAAGAAUGUGGUGGUGGUUAAUUCUUAUAAUGAUAUUUAUAACUUAUGGGUUAAACAUUCAUGUGCAAAUAAUUCCCGCCCAUCACUUCAUACAUUCCAUGGAAUUGUUUCAAGUACUCAAGGAUACACUGUUGGUUCAAGUCCAGCUGGUCCAUCAUAUAAGCUUAAAAAGAAAACUCUUGCACAAUAUUUACAUCAUAAAGCAUUAGAAGGUGUUAAAUGGUUAAUUGAUGAAGAAUCAACUUAUAUGAUCAAAAAGAUUAUUGAAAAUAAUCGUGAAUUAUCUGGACCACCUUCAACAUAUAUGUAUGGAAAUAUUAGAAAUGAGUAUAGUGAUAUAGACUUACUGAUUUUUUUACAAUUAUUUGCUUUGAGGAGCUCUAUAUUAUUAGCUUAUGGAAUAAAAUUAGAUUGUUAUAAUAGAGAUCAAGAAUUAUCCCAAACCAUUAUUGAUACUGAAAACCAAAUUAUUCAAAUAAGAUCUCCGGUAGGAAACUUACAGGAUUACUUACCUUUUCUUAGAUAUUUCCCUUUUAAAAACAAUCAAGCAUCAAGGACAAGAUCAAGAAGAGAUGGUUAUAUGUCUUAUUUAAUGGAGCAAUUAAAUUCAAAGUUAAAAGAGGGUGAUCCUUUAGCUAUAAAUAGUAUAGUUGGGAAAAUUAAACUUAACAGACAAACUUCACUCAUUAAUGACGAACAAAUCCAAAGUAUUUGCUUAACUUUGGUUAGUGCUGGUUUGGAUAAUACCCCCUUAAAUAUUAAUCAUUUAAUUGGACAUUUAUCUCAACCAAAUUAUGGUCAAUUAAUCCAAGAAAGGGCAUAUUCAAAAUUAAUGGAACUUAGUUCUAAUAAUUUAUUAUUAGCAUGGGAUCAAUCUCUUGAAAUUAAAUGUGAUUAUAUUAUGGCUUUAGUACAAGAAAGUUUAAGGUUUUUCACUGUAUUACCUCUUGGUUUAGCUAGAGUUACUACCAAGACCAUCAAUUAUAUUCAAGGAGAUUUUGUCAUUCCUAAAGAGACUAUAUUAAUGAUGAAUGCAUUUGCAGCCAAUCAUGAUGAAACUCAAUUUAACAUGCCUUAUAAAUUUAAUCCUGAAAGAUGGUUAGAUUCUGAAGGUAGUUUAAUUAUAGGUAAUGAAUUAUGUCAUUUCACAUUUGGUGCUGGGUCAAGAAUGUGUUCAGGAAAUAUGUUAGCACUUCAAGAAUUAUAUACUUUAACUUGUCGAAUGAUUCUUUGUUUCAAAAUCAGAGCUCCUACUAAGGGUUUAAUGGAAUUAGAUCCAUUUAAGAAUAAUCUGAAUCCAAGAGCCACUAGUUUUGAACCUAAACCUUUUAAAGUUAGAUUAGAACCUAGAACUACGCAUAUGGAUGCUGAUAAGUUAUAUCAAAAGGUUACAGGAUGAUUUAAUUAAAUUAAAUUAAAUUAAAUUAAAUUAAAUUA